AUGGUUUCAUGUGCAAUAUGGGGUUUGGAGAGGUUCUUCUGGCUAAAGCUUGGGGUAUGUUUUAUGGUCUGCAAUGGGCUAGAGGUGGAAUAUGAUUCUUUAAACUUGGUGAAUCUGUUACAUAAAGAAAAUGCUGAGCUCCACCCUUUAGGCACUUUGAUCUUGAAUUGUAAGCAUUUGAUGGAGCAGUUCGCUACCAUACAGGUCAGUCAUAUUCACAGGGAGAGACAUAUGUUGGUUGAUAUUCUAGCUAAACGAUGUGUCAAUUUCUCCAAGCAUUUGCACUCUUCAAAGACCCCAGUGUUUGCUUCUGAGGUGUUUCUCUAUGACAUUAUUGGAGUUGUUCAUCCUAGGAAGACCACCAGCCAUAUGAGCUUGUUUUCUCUUUUCUUUUCUGUUUGGGCCUUUGGCUCCUGA